AUGGAUAAUAAUGGAAUACGCACCAGCUCUGUGGAAAUACUUACGGAAACCAAUACAAACCGGGACCUCAGGAAAACAGCUGAGUUCAAAGUGUACAAAAGGAGAUGGUUUAUCUUGUUUGUUCUUUGCCUCCUGAACUGUUCUAACGCACUGAUAUGGCUAACCUUUGCCCCAGUGGCAGACCAAACAGCCAGAUUUCUAGAAAUUUCCUUGGAUAAUGUCAACUGGCUAUCUUUGAUUUACAUGGUGAUCGCCAUUCCUCUCAGUUUCGGUACCACAUGGAUGCUGGACACGUUCGGACUCCGUCUCACGCUGAUCCUGGGCUCCUGGCUCAACAUGUUGGGGAGCUUGCUGCGCUUGGUGGGUCUCAUAAAGGUCCUUGCGGAUUCUGUGAGGUUCCCCGUAGUAAUGGGAGGUCAGGUGCUGGGUGCCCUUGCCCAGCCGCUUGUCAUCUUCUCUCCCACGAAACUGGCAGCGCUUUGGUUCCCAGAGCAUCAGAGAGCCACAGCUAACAUGAUAGCUUCAAUGUCAAAUCCUCUUGGACUUCUGUUUGCCAACAUCUUCUCACCCCUGAUAAUCGGUUAUACAAAUAGUCUUCUUUGGCUGAUGAUCAUUUAUGCUGUGCCUGCCACCAUUGCCUGUUUCUUAGCAACAGUGGGGAUCCGGGCAAGUGUUCCCCCGACACCACCCUCGGCUAGCGCCGAAGCCUCUGGUUCAGAGUCCUUCCUACAGGGAAUCAAACUGCUUGUGAAGAAUAAGGCGUAUAUGAUCCUGCUGUUUAGCUUUGGAGCGGGGAUCGCCGUUUUCACCUGCUUCUCCACGCUGCUGGAACAGAUCCUUUGUAUCAAGGGCUAUACGAAUGACUUUGCCGGGCUGUGCGGAGCUCUCUUCAUUGUGUUUGGAGUGGUCGGCGCUGCCUUGCUGGGGUUUUAUGUCGACAAGACGAAGAAGUUCACCGAAGCAAUGAAAAUAAAUAUAUGCCUGACGUCUCUCUGCAGUGCCGCAUUUGCAGUGGUUUCACAGAUGAGGGAUCAGAAGGUCAUUUUGGGUGUUGUCUGUUCACUUUUUGGCUUCUUUGGGUUCUCUAUAUACCCGGUUGCCAUGGAGUUAUCAGUAGAAUGUACUUAUCCUGUUGGAGAAGCUACUUCCGCUGGACUGAUUUUUAUAUCGGGGCAGGUCCAGUCCAUCAUUUACAUUGUGCUUCUACAAGCAUUGACCACAUUUAUAGCAGACUCCCCUUUAUCCUCAUGUGCUUCAGGAGGAGAUGCAAACCUGAGCUGGAAGGUGCCAGUGCUUGUGAUGGCAGGAUUGUGCAGCCUGGCUACCUGCUGCUUCGUGCUCUUCUUCCGCACGCAGUACAGGCGGCUUCACGCCGAGGCAAACACCUCGCUAGGGAAGAACACAGGCUCCACGCCAGCACAAACAGGAGACGGUCCCAAGGCAUAGUGAGACACGCUGACACAGUCACAGGAGUGGGACCCCC